AUGGGUCUUUGUCGUUACCUCGAAUCCUCCAAAGCGUCGUACCAUCCCUGCAUUUCCCAUCGCGCCCGUCUCAUUUCUUCCUUGACGAGCUCCCCGUUCUUCUUUUCGUCUGCUCUGGGAUUCUCGAACCAUUUCUGGUGCAUCGUCCGCAACCCACCUCUCAGAUCGUCGUCGUUCGCAUACAUCAGAUUCCAGGAACUAUUCAACGUUCGCCACGGAGCCGGGCCAUUCCAAUCGUGCACGUUGUUCAGCAAGUUCUGUUCCGCAAGCUCCGCGAUAAAAGAGUUCGGUGUCUUGAUCAUGUAAACAAAAUACUCGAACAAGGCCUUGCUGGGCGAGAAGACGAGAAACCCGCCAUUGAAGUACCCCUUUUUAUACAACCCGCCGUUGACCCCAUCGCCGUCCCAGUAUGGAGGGAACGGGUGUUCAGGGCUGAACGUUUCCCCCACUCCCGCAAGAACGUACGAAUCGGGUAGCGGCGGCGCUCCCUCCGGCGGUUUAUUCCUCACGCCAUCUAUCGCGAGCGUCUUCCUGAACUGCGCUGCUUCGUCGUCGAAGACGUGGUCAAUAGGCUCGCGCAGGAUCGUGUCGGUAUCUAGCAUGGCCACGCGGCUGUACUGCGUCAUUUCCCAUCCCCUCAGUUUCGCCAGCAUAUCCUCCCACCUUGUUUCUCGGAAUUCGCCCCACUCUUUGCGUAGGAAGUCGAUGGGUUGGAUGACGGCACCGUCGGCUUUGAGGACGGCGCGGCGGGAUUCGGAGACGGAUGGUGUGACGAGGAUGACGACGUCGAUGGGUCGGCGGCUGCGAGUUCGUGGGCUGUGGAGGAGUUGCCAUACUAGCAUCCGCGCUGAGAUGAAGUAGUUGUCGUUGGCCAGAUCUUCGGAUUGAUCCACAGUGCUGGAGAAGAACAUUGCGAAAGCAAGUCUUUCUUCGCCCGGUUUCGAUAUAUGUGUGAUACGAGAGGGCGAUUCGCUGAAGUUGGCAUCUGAGUCCUCAUUUCGGAGAUAUGGUACUGAGCGACAGAACGGACUGCCCUCUCUGCUCAAGAGAAAGAAGAAAUUGAGAAGGAAGAUGGCGAUGGCGGCGAGGAUGAUUGGCCGUUGAGAAGAGAGCGUCAUGGUACGUAU